AGCGACCACUACUUUGCUUUGAUCACCGCCCCUGUUACGCAAUUAGCUUGUUGCAAUAGUUCCUGGAGACUCUUCUUCUAUCAUCUUGCCAUCUCAAUCCCAUAAUGACACAAUAGCAGCAUCCUAAGAGCAUUGUUUCGGCGCGUUGUGGUCCGAAGGAGGGUGCAAAAUGGGCAUUUCCGGGCUAUUGCCGCUGUUGAAGUCGAUUCACAAGCCGGGCAGUCUCAAGAAAUAUGCCGGCCAGACUAUUGGUGUUGAUGCCUACGGAUGGCUCCAUCGAGGGACUGCGUCCUGUGUUAUCGAUCUCGCGUUAGAUAAGCCGACAACCAAAUUUGUCGACUUUGCCAUGAAUCGAGUACGAAUGCUUGUCCAUUUCGGAAUCACACCUUAUCUCGUUUUCGAUGGAGACUACCUCCCCAGCAAGGCCGGGACCGAGAAGGAGAGGGCAGAACGACGGAAAGAGGCUAGACGAGUUGGACUGGAGUUGCUCAAAAUGGGAAAGGCAUCACAAGCACAUUUGGAGUUGCAGAAGGCCGUCGAUGUGACUCCAGAAAUGGCCCGUCUUCUGAUUGAGGAACUAAAGCACCACAAUAUCCAGUACAUCGUAGCGCCUUAUGAAGCAGACUCACAAUUGGCCUAUCUCGAGCGCCAGGGUAUCAUAAACGGAAUCCUAUCCGAAGACUCGGACUUGCUCGUUUUCGGUGCUAAAUGUCUGAUCACAAAGCUAGACAAGUAUGGAGAAUGUGUCGAGGUGAACCGGAACCACUUCACGGCGUGUAGGGAAGUUAGCCUGGUAGGAUGGUCCGAUACUGAUUUCAGACGAAUGGCUAUCUUGAGUGGUUGUGACUAUCUUCCCGGCAUAGGCAAGAUGGGACUGAAGACCGCUUACCGGAUGUUACGAAAGCACAAGACAGUGGAACGGCUUGUACGAGCAGCGCAGUUCGAGGGUCAGUUAAAAGUGCCCCCUGGCUACAUGGAAGCUUUUAAUCAGGCAGAGAACACUUUUCUCUACCAAUGGGUUUUCUGUCCGCGUUCCAACCAACUCGUCAAUCUGACAGUCCCGGAUUCUGGGGUUGACAUUGAUGAGAUGCCAUAUAUCGGCAAAGAAGUCCCGCCGAACGUAGCAUUCGGCGUAUCGCGAGGUGACCUGCACCCUCACACCAAGGAACCCAUUAUUGUCGCACAGAAAGACAGGUCAAAGUCUAAACCACUGAGGCCCGCUUCUAGGACACCUUCUAUAACCCAAACUCCAGACCUAAAGCAGACAAAACCAAUCGAUACCUUUUUCAGGCCAAGGCGCACGCCCUUGGCUGAGCUGGAUCCAAACAGCUUCACUCCAUCGCCGAGUCAGCAAGCCCUUUUACAACAGCAACAACUAAAUGGUGGUGGAUGGGCGGCAGUCCUAGCUCCACAGUCGCACCCGCAGUCACAACAGCGGUCUUCCUUCCCAAGGACUGCUCCUCAGCCACCAAGGCGGGCCACAUCAGACUCAUUCGCGAGAAGAGCAUCCGCACCGCAUCCCUCAAAGAGGCAGCGGCUGUGCUCUGACGGUGCAUUCGGUACCCUUGACAGAGACUCUGACAAGCCCGAAAUCACGCGAAGCAGAUUCUUCAAUUCCUCAAAGCCGGACCCGAGCCCAUCAAUAAACAAGAGCAAGAAGAGCCAAGAUCAAAAUUUCGAACUAUGGUCCGAUGAUUCCAUUGAAGAGGCAAUGGCCGAACUAGCAGACCUCGAUGAAGUCCCCUCUUUUCGAAAGGAGAAGGUAGCGGUUUUCAAGGACGACUUUCAAUCUAGCGUGAACAGCGAUUCGCAGUCCACCACGCUUUCCAGAAGCAUUACCGAGAUGUCACAGGAUAUUUCCGGGAUUCUCACGCCUGCUACUUCCUGUAGUAGCCCUGCACGUGAAUCUGAAGAGCAUUCGGUUUUUAGUGCAGCUCUCUCCGCACAGGUGAAGGAUCUUCGUUCGAGAUUCUCGUAUCGCUCCUCGUCUGUCGCAUCCGAACGUUCUUGGCUGUCGAAGGGCCCUCGAGGUAGUACCCUACUACGGUCUACCUCCGGACCGGCAGCUAGUAUAUCCCAACCAACAACACAUGCCUCACAGGACCCGUGUUCUGAAUCGAACCCUUUAAAGGCGGCUGAGCUCAACGGCGAAUCUAACGAACUUGAAGAUUCGGCUUGGGCAGCCAUGGAAACCGAAGUGGUUGUUGCAGCCAGCGAUAUUGAGAGCCCAGAGAAACCCAAGCCCACACCAGCAUCAUCCCGCGAGGUAGAGGUCAAGGGGAGUGAAGAUCUACUAGUCCCCGACAGCGAAGAGGAGGGUAACUCCCCACACAAGCCAACGCUAGACCUGGGACGAUUUGCUUUCCUCGGAUGAUGGCAUUUGAUAUUGUUUGGGACUUGUUAACAUGGCCAGGCGUAUUGAUAUUGGGAUAUUGCAUAGCAUUGUGUACAUUUUAUAGGCACUUUUCAGGUAUUCUGAUCAUCUUAAAAGCAAGCAUG